GAUGUCCUCCCCUAUCGAUGUACGUUUUGUAUAAGCGUUUAUCAUUAAGAAUUUAAUCCAAAGGAGGCAUAGGAGUGGAGGGAGAGGGAACAUUGUGAUAGGUAGCAAAUUUAUCUUUUUUUUGCUUUAUGUAGUGCAGAAUUUUAGAUUACAAAUCACGAAGAAUUGCCCUAAAGCUACCACCUGAAAGCAAAUUUAAAUAUUUAGGAGUUCUUUAGUUGUUUAACAUUCCGUAGAAAUGUUUUGUUUCACACGUGCUUGCCUGGCAAGCAAGGUAACAGGUGGCAAUUCCAGGAAUCAAGCGGGAAGAUUUCGAAAAAAAUUCAAAGUCUUCCACGUUAUUCCGGGAACCCCUGUGGCGCCUGUCGAGAAGCUGAAGGAACAGCGUCGGCGCUUCGGCCAAGAUCGGUAUUCUCGACAGCCAGAGUAUCGCCCUGGACGGAAUGUCCGGAUGGAUCCGAACACCUACACGUUGUAUGCCACCACAAAAGGCGUCAUGACGAUUCGCACAUCGCGAAUUCAUCCGAGUUAUAAAUGGCUGGACGUGGAGCCCGAUAUUCAGAAGGUCGCGCGGUCGCGAGCCAUGCGUCAGGCCCUCGAGGAGCGCGGGCAGGCAUCUAUGCUGGUCGCGAGCAACCCAAAUUACAAGGUGGAGCUGGACAAUUUCGAGGAACCGCGCUGGCGUGAGCGGGUCAUGCAACCAAUAAAGGCGACGGAAAGGUUUCAGGAUCCGAAUUUAUUUAUCCGAGGCCAGCUUCAGGUGCUAGAUCCAAAGAGACGAUACUCGUAUGAGUAGACAUUCCAUGCACAAAGGUGGUGUGAAUCUGCAUAUGCGACUAUGCGGAGCGGGAGUAGGGAAGUCUAUGUCACUAUCUAUAUUUGAUUUUUGAGGUGGAUGUAUUUUUGUGUAUGGGGUUCGAUCAUGCUGGACUAUCUUUUUGAAUGAUUUGUGCUGUUCGAUCUGAUUUGUUAUAUUUCGAGGAAAAAAAAUUUAUUAACCCCCAAACGGCAUCGGCAGCUCUCCGCAAUCCCAUAUACAAUCUUUAUCCCUCUCAGUACUUGAACAAUCUAAUAAACUUAUUGGAUUCUUUUUUCUUCUAUUCUGAAUUUCAGCCUCAAAUAAA